AUGAAGAAGAAGUCAGCAAAGGAGGAAGAGGUCAUGCAGAAGAAGACAGUAAGAGAGGAAGAAGCUGCAGCACCCACCAAGGAAGCAGCUGCACCUGUUAAGGACAUAGCUCCUGAGGAGAUUGCAGAGCCCGUUUCGAAGACUAAAGCUCCUUCGCCUGCACCUGAAGAAGCUCCCCAAGAGUCUCCAUCUAGUCCAGACAAGGAGGAAGAAGAGCAAGUUAGAGAGGAAAGUCCUGCGCCUGAGAAACCUAUGGAAGAGGCUAAAGAAGAGGAAAAGAAGGAGGAAGAAAAACAAGAAACCGUAGAAACCACGGCUACUCGCGAAUCUGAACCGGUGAUGGAGGAUAAAUUGUCGGAGGAUGUUGAUGAGACAACUCAACAAUCGCAAGAAAGUGUAGAAGUCAAAGAGAAUGAGCCAGAGAAACCAAAACCUGUCGAGGAGCAGCAGAAAGAGGAGAAGAUGGAAGAGGAAUCUAGGGGUGAGUAUUUCAUCGGAUUAUCUGUUAUCUUGAUUCCUUUCCUUCUUAUCAAUAUGCAGAUUAUGCAUCUGAUAGGAUGA